AUGAUUGAGAGAGCCCCUAUUUUGUCCAAAGAGUAUUCGCACUUAACUCAUGUCACAGGGUCCCACUCAUCAAAUACUUUUAUGCGCCAAAUACAAUCAGAAAUAUCUAUGACUGGUUCUGACCUGGAAAUAAAGGAGAAUGAAUCGUGUGGCUUCGAAAUUCGUUUUGAUUCUGGGUCUACUGAUUCCGAAGGUGCCUCAAGAAUCCUUAUGGCUGUCUCGUGGUUCGGUAUAAUCAGCCUUGCUUUCCUUCCUGCUAUUGGCCACUUUGCUAAUGGUCGUAGUAGCGGUACACUCAGGUUUUAUACUCCCCUUCCACGUUCUCAGAGUGAUAUGUUCAUGACUCCGCAUAUUGGGCGCCGAUUGCUCCAGACCACUUCAAAUGUCCAGGCAGUUGGGGGGAUAACAAAAUGGGGAUCUGCUGGUCUACAAAUUCCUAUUUCAACCAGCAUUUCUUCGGACCUACUUUCGCGAUUAUCCUUCUUAGAAGUGAGUCCAUUUUUUGCUCGAAGGCUUUUUCUAAUCAGGCUUAAUUUCCGUUACAUGCAUUAUUUGCGAAUUAUUUUUCCCAUCGAUGAGGGACCUUGUAUUGCUAGUGUUGCACCAGAUACUCUGUCUCACAUUCUUCAUGGGUAG